GUGGUAAAUACACAGACUCACAUAUAUAUCUAAAAUCUAUAUGCAACCUUUGAGGGUGUCAAAUAAUAGUCAGAGCAUUCACAACGUAAGUAUUCGUACACCGGGACAGUACUGCUGUUUCGUUGCUGUCAAACGCUGAAAACACUUCAUAAUGAACUUGUUGACAACGGUUUUGCUGUUGUUUGUGGUUGUAGCUCAACUGGCGUCUGCCGUACCCACACCUGGAAAAACAGAUGCUGCAAAAAUUCAAAAGAACUUAUCGAAAAAUAAAGCCAAAAAAACUCAAGAAGUGCUACAAUUCGGAAACCAGCAGAAUCGUCAAACUGAUACCAGAAACUUUGCAAGAACUGAAAAAAGACAAGCACCCGAUGAUCACCAUGAUCCAGAACCAGUACCUGAAGUAAAUAAUGCUCUUGAACAUUAUCCACAAUCUCCUAGACAUGAAAAAGUAGCUGAUUUGUUCUACAAUCCAGAUUCAUAUGGGCUUCAAUCACUUGAUAUUGAUGAUCGUUAUAAGAGAAAUUCCUAUCACUUUGCGUCUCCAGUAAAAAGGAGCGCUUCAAAAGGUUUUCAAUCAUACUUAGAUAGUGGACGAGCUAAACGUGAUUUAGAUGUUGACCCAGAAGAAGCAUUGAUGGCUUUAUUGGCGCUUUGGGAAGCCGAAAGAAGACAAAAAAAUCAUGAACAAUCAAGAGGUUCUAGGCAACAUUAUGGUCAUUUGAACGAAUUUGAUCAAGAUCCGUACCUUGACAGUGAAGUAACCGAUGAAGAAAAUGAAGAAAUUCCCGACGGCUGGCUAGAGGGCCCAGUAGUACCUGCGCCAGUUUAUGCUAACCCAAAUAAAUAUUAUGGAAAUAAUGCAUUUCUACGUAAGCAAAGACAAGCACAACGUGGAAUUAGGGAUGAUUAUUUUCAGGGGCUGAGUCAUUUCCAAGAAGAACCUCAGUACUAUAGAAUGGCAGAUUACUAUCGUCAUUUCAAUUUUUAAAAAUAAAAAAAAGAAGUGUAAUUUUUUUCACACCUAUAGUGGUAUUUAUACUUGACAUCAACAUAAUAUUAAUUCAUACAAAAAAUAUAAUAAUUUAUUGUGUAAUGAAAUUAUUUAAGUGAAAAUUUAUCAAUAAUAUUGAAAUUAUUAUGCAUUUUAACUUAAUAAAAAUUAUAUUAUGUUAAAUUUUACGAUGUUUAAUGAUAGUUUAAGACUAUACUAUACGAUUUUAACUGUGUUACCAAAAACAUUAUUUUAUUUAUUAUAAUUUGUAAUUGAA